AUGACGACGACGUUGGCGCUUUUCAACGACAUCGCGCCCGUGUACGAUCGAUUGAACGAUGGGUUGUCGCUCGGGCUGCAUCGCGCGUGGAAGCGCGCGGCGGUGAAAUGGAUCGAUUGCUCGCCGGGCAUGGAGGCCCUGGACGUGUGCUGCGGGUCGGGGGACGUGGCUAUUAAAAUGUCGACGUUCGUGGGCGCGACGGGACGGGUGACGGGGUUGGAUUUCGCGGCGAAUCAAUUAAAGUACGCGGCGGAGAAGGAGCGAGAUUUGCGCGCGGCGAGCGCGGACGCGAGCGCUCGCAUGGGGAAGAUUACGUGGAUCGAGGGUGACGCGCUGAAUUUGCCUUUUGACGAUGAGUCGUUUGAUUGCGCGACGAUCGCUUACGGAUUGAGGAACGUGAGCGAUAUUCCACGGGCGAUGGGGGAGUUGAGACGAGUGUUGCGUCGAGGCGCCAAGCUCGCGGUUUUGGAUUUCAACAACCCGGAGGAUCCCACGACGGCGGCGGUGCAAGGAUUUAUGCUGGAUAACGUCGUCGUCCCGAUCGCAGAUCUCAAUGGCGUCGCCGCGGAGUAUAGGUACUUGCGUCCGAGCAUCGAACGCUUCCCGCGAGGGCGCGAGCAGGUGAAUUUGGCGCGAGACGCGGGUUUCAGAGAGGCUAAGUUUUACGAACUCGCUCCGGGCGGUUUGAUGGGGUGCUUGGUGUGCACGAAGUAG